GUUCUAGAGAAGCAGCUUACCAAAUCCCCCAACCCACUCGAGACCUUUCCUCUCCCCACUGCUCGUACCCUCCCCCUUCUUCCGCCACGCCGCGGAAGGGGACGAAACCCUAAGACCACAUCCAAUCCUAGGGUUUCCUCCUCUCCCCUUCUCUCUCUCUCACAGAUCCAUUUCUAGGGUCUCUCCUCGCCUUCCUCUUCGUCGAGAUCCUCGGGUACGGGAGAGAUGCUGGACGUGUCGAGGGUUCAGAAGGAGCUCGCGGAGUGCAACCGCGACCAGGCGAUCUCCGGGGUGGGCAUCGCGCUCUGCGACGGGGGGAGCGACCUCUCCCACCUCACCGGGACCAUCUCCGGCCCCGUCGCCACCCCCUACGAGGGCGGAACCUUCCGCAUCGACAUCCGCUUGCCCGGUGGCUAUCCCUUUGAGCCUCCUAAAAUGCAGUUCAUAACAAAAGUAUGGCACCCCAACAUCAGUAGUCAAAACGGGGCGAUUUGCUUGGACAUUUUAAAGGAUCAGUGGAGCCCUGCCCUUACUCUGAAGACGGCUCUCCUUUCUGUUCAGGCUCUUCUCUCUUCACCUGAACCUGAUGAUCCCCAGGAUGCUGUAGUGGCUCAGCAGUACUUGAGGGACCAUCAAACGUUCAUUGCUACAGCUCGUUACUGGACCGAGACCUUUGCCAAGAGGAUUUCUGUUGAUAUUGAAGAAAAGGUUCAGAAGCUGGUUGAGAUGGGGUUUCCGGAGGAUUUAGUGCGGAGCACGCUGAAGAGCGUCAACGGUGACGAGAACAUGGCCCUCGAAAAGCUAUGCUCGAGCUAAAGCUCCGCUAGUACUGUAAAUGAAAAUUAUGCAUGCUAAUGCACUCUGAAAACCUCAUGCCUUAUUUCAUCCUCUAACUCUUCAUAGUACUAAUCAUGGCGAUAGAUUACGGAAAUUUAAGUUUCUCUUCGCAUGGAGGAGAAGGUGCUUCUUUUAUGUACUACUCUAUGCUUCUUUGUGUACUAUUCAUUUGUAGUUCCCUUUCUCCCCAUAAUUUGAACCCCUAUUUUGUUGUCCAUGGGCAGCGGGCACUCAAAUGAGAAAUCAAAGCAGUAUAUGUGAGGUAAUGGCUUCUUUUCUUUUA